AUGUUUUCGUGGGGAGAGGAGUACGGCCACAGCUUUCGCCUGAAGAACAGCCCAGCUGUCACGAACAGGGACGGAGUUACGCUUUUAAAGCUCACUUUCCGCACCGCAGAUCUGUGCGCAGGUGGCAGCGUGCUCGCCUUCGCCAAGACCAGCGGGGAAGUGUUCAUUGUGCGCACCAACCAGGGCGAUGAUGGGAGAAGAGUCCGAGGAAAAUACAAGUUUGUGAGCUGUCAGGAGAAAGCCCAGGCUGUGAGUUGUGGUGAGGAUGUGGUGAUGCUGCUGUCUGAGAGAGGCUCGGUGUUUUCCGUGGACACGACUCACACUCCUUACACCGCCAGCUCUCUGCGAGCUCUGCAGAACAUUCCCGUCACCCAGGUUGCUUGUGGGAGCCAGCACACGCUUGCACUGACCAAAGACGGCCGGGUGUUUGCGUGGGGCCAGGACUCCAGGGGUCAGCUCGGCCUGGGGAAGGGAGGAUCUGGCACCAGUUCCCCCCGACAGCUGGGAUGUCUGGCGGGCCUGCCUCUGGCUCAGGUGUCGGCCGGAGGAGAGCAGAGCUUUGCUCUGUCCGUGUCUGGAGGCGUGUUCGGCUGGGGAAGGAAUGAUUGCGGACAACUCGGACUGGGCGACGCUGAAGAUAGACAUAUACCAACUCCAGUUCAUCACCUGAACAAGAAGAAAACUCUUUUAAUUUCCUGUGGACGGGACCACACUGCAGUUUUGACAAAGGAUGGUGCUGUGUUUACAUUCGGCUCUGGCCAACAUGGACAGCUUGGACACAACUCAUUACGAGAUGAGCGCCGUCCGCGGCUGGUUGCAGAGCUCUGGGGGGCAAAAGCUACAAAGAUUGCAUGUGGAAGAUAUCACACAUUGGUGCUGACGGACUCAAAGAAGGUCUACUCCUUUGGGUGUGAUGCUCAAGGGCAGCUGGGGCGUGGAGAGGAGAGCCAUCCAUCUGUGCCUCUUCCAGUCCAACUGCCACAUGGUAACACAAAUGGCCACAUGAUUCACAACAUCUACGCCGGAUGCAACAGUUCAUUUGCAACGUGCAUGUCUCAUGAGGCCGUUCACAGCGAGUCCAGCAGCACCACAAACACGGACGCAACACUGCACUGUAUUGAAAAUAAAGUGGAUAGAUGGGUUUCUGAGUGUGAUUCAAAGCUAGGGAAGAUGACGAAGCAGGAAAUCCAUUUGACAUUUUCCUCUGCAUCCUUUAUGAAUCAGAGCUUUCUCGAUCACAGGAAAGACGGUCAUUUCCAAACAUCACCACUUUCCUCUGGUUUGGACUUGUCACUUGCUCCAAGUGUUUUUAGGAAACUAGUGGAGAAGGACGAUAUCUUAACAGAGGUGGAAACUGUGGUCGUGAAGCUGCUUCACUCUCUUGGUGUGAAACCAGUGGGAGUAGAAGGGUUGAGGCUCUUCCUGAUUCUCAGUGAGCUCCUUCGUGCUAUUCAGGAACGUGGCGUGAAUCAGAGCUUGAGGCUCGCUGUGGAGGUCGCCGCCGUCAUGCGAAAGCUGUCUGCCGAAAGCCUGCAGAUUUUAGAAUGCUGGUGGUCCUCGCUGUCAUCCUCCACUCUGCGCAGGCAUGUGAAGGCGUGGAAGACGGCCCUCUCGGCGAUCCUGCCCCAUGUGCCCUCUCCUCGCACCACCAUCAAAAACGUUCUACUGGUUCUUCAAGUCCUACACAAAGCCAACAACAGGAGGAAGAGGAGAAUUUCUAGAGCCACUUUUUGUUUGGAGAUUUACCAAAGAUUUCUUCUAGAAGAGCUGCAGCUUUGGCUGUCAGAAAUCAAGACGAACAACAACAACAGGAGACUGCAAAGCAGUGCAGAUGACCAACCAUUCCUCUACUGUAGCUUCCUUUUUGUGUUGGGACUCAAGUUAAAGAAAGAGGCUUUUUACAACUACGCUCUCAUCACUAAGGGAGAACACAUGAACCCUGGAAAGGUGGAAAUGCAAUUCGAUUUUCAAUACGGAUUGGUUCCCGUACAAAAGUAUGAUUAUUUUGAAUUGCAUCUGAGGCGAGCGUCACUUGUGGAAGACACCUUUGCACAGCUGGCUGCUGCCCCUCCGAGUGACUUCAAGAAGACACUCAUGGUCUAUUUUGACGGAGACUCAAAGGUCACACAGGUCUACAGGAAAGACUUGUUCCACCACUUGUUUCGCAACAUUGUGGAAACUAAACCAGAGAUGUUCAUGUUUAAUGACUCCAAAACUCUGGCGUGGUUCCCCUCUAAAGCAACAGAGGAGCUGAAGGCAGAUCUCCACCUGUUUGGAGUUCUGUGUGGACUGGCCUUGUACAAUGACUGUAUCACGUACCUGGCGUUCCCUCUGGCUCUGUUCAAAAAGCUGCUCCGCUUAGAGCCGACGCUGGAGGACAUGAUGGAGUUCAGUUCCAGUGUUGGACAGAGCCUGCAGUACAUCUUGAACUAUGAGGAGGAUGACCUAGAAAACCAGUACUAUGACUUUGUGAUUAACUGGGAUGGUGCAAAUGUUGACCUCGAUCCUCAAAAUCCAGGAAAAGCAGUCACGAGUCAAAAUAAGAGGGAGUUUGUGGAUGCCUACGUGAAUCACGCCUUCAACAAGUCAGUGGAAAGCACUUUUCAGGAGUUUGAGCGGGGCUUCUUCCAGGUGUGUGACCGGCCGCUGCUGAAGCUGUUUGGGCCGGAGGAGCUGCGGCGAGUACUGGCAGGCCACGACGACUAUGACUGGGAAAAACUCAAACAGAAUGCACUUUGUGACUUGUACGACCUAAGCCCGUCCACGAUUCAAAUGUUCUGGGAGGUUUUCGAUGAACUGACGGAAGAUCAGAAGAAAGAUUUCCUCUGGUUCCUCACUGGUUUCAGGAAGCCCCCCAUUCUCGGCAUGGAGCAGAUCCAAAUGCAAAUGCGAAGUAAACAAAUCUUAAGCGGAUCCCACGAUCAGCACUUUCCUGAGUCACUGACGUGUCACUGCAUCCUGGAACUGCCUUCAUACUCAACCAAGGAGAUCAUGCGAGACAGACUCAUCGCAGCCCUGGAACCAGAGAGUGGAUUCCUGGAGUGAGGCAGCAGAGACUCCUGGACCACCAGCUUUGUAUCUGCUUUGGGAAAUGGAGAAUUCAGUGUUGUUCUGUCAGAACAUCUCUCCCCUGUUACCUCAGAAAAUAAAACCAAAACAAAACACUGAACAAACAUGACACUUUUGUACGACUGCACUACAGAGCAACAAUUCCACUGAGACUUAACAGAGCUGUGGUUUUUCAGCUUUAAAGUGACCAGUUCAGGUAUUUGUGUUUAAAUGUUUAAGCUACAGUGAAAUAAUUUAUAUGUAUUUUUGUGCCUUAGUCAGACCGAUAAAUCUAAUACAUUCUUCUUCUACCUCCUGUAAUCCAAUGAGUAUGUUAAUUAUGAUUAUAUUAUCUUGUUCUGUCUUUUUUCAAUUUUCUUAUUGUUGUUUUCUUGAAUGUAUGAUAUCCUACUAAAUGUUAUUCAGUUAUCUGAA